CUCUCCUCAGUUCUCAUUCAACAGAGAAUAUACCAAAUCUUCUCUGCAUUGAAGUCACAGAAGUGUGGGAGUUUAGUUUUGCACAAAAAUGGCCAGUCUGUGGCCAAAUCUUAUCUGUGCAUUGGCUGUGGCUGUAGUCUUAUUAGCCAUCAAUGUAGCAGCUGAUGAUCACAAUCCUUACGUUUAUGCAUCUCCACCUCCACCAAAAUACAUGUACAAAUCCCCUCCACCCCCACAUUACCGCUACAAAUCACCACCUCCAUACCACAAGAAGUCUCCUCCACCACCGCAUUACCGUUAUAAGUCCCCCCCACCGCAUUACAUCUACAAAUCCCCACCUCCUCCAUCUCCAUCACCGCCCCCUCCCUAUGUCUACAAAUCCCCACCUCCUCCACCCUACAUCUAUAAAUCUCCACCACCUCCUUACAUUUACAAAUCACCACCACCACCAUCUCCAUCACCUCCUCCACCAUACGUCUACAAGUCACCACCUCCUCCUCCCUACAUCUAUAAAUCUCCACCACCACCCUCACCAUCCCCUCCACCUCCUUACAUUUACAAAUCACCACCACCACCAUCUCCGUCACCUCCUCCACCAUACGUCUACAAGUCACCACCUCCUCCUCCAUACAUCUAUAAAUCUCCACCACCUCCACCUCCUUAUAUUUACAAGUCACCUCCACCACCUUCUCCUUCACCUCCUCCUCCAUAUGUGUACAAGUCACCACCUCCUCCAUCUCCAUCGCCACCACCUCCAUAUGUCUACAAGUCACCACCUCCUCCAUCUCCAUCGCCACCACCACCCUAUGUCUACAAGUCACCUCCUCCUCCAUCCCCUUCACCCCAUCCACCUUAUGUUUAUAAAUCUCCACCACCACCAGUACCAUCCCCACCACCGCCAUACUACUACAAAUCACCACCACCUCCGAAAUACUAAAACCAAACAUUAUGUAGUACUACUAAUCACCUUAUUAUUAGGUGAUACAAGGAAUAAUUGCUACUCAUGAAGUAAUCAGAUACUUGUGGACGCGCGCUUUGCAUACUUAAAAAAAAUAAGUGCUUUUUUUUUUUUUUUUUUUUUUUCCCCCCCUACGGCCACUUGAUAUAUUAAUUAUAUGUAUUUGUGAUUUAUUUAGUUGAUGGAUCAAAUCAAGUAUGCUC